AUGGUAAAGAGUUUAGUCCUUCUUCUCUUUACAUUACUCAGCCUAGCAUGUGCCAUCAACAAUAAAUUCCUUGCAGAUAAAAUUCUUUCAGCUGAUGGAAACCCGUAUGUGGUUACUAAAGUUACUACUUCCACAUAUGGGAUUGUUGCAUUAGCUCAACUCUCCUUAACCAGUUAUCAAGCAGCUUCGGAACAAGUCAUCCAGAGCCUCACAAUCUCAAUUCAAUUCGACACUAAUACUCGAGUUAGAGUCAAAAUCACUGAUACUGAUAAUGAAAGGUGGGAAGUUCCUAUAUCAAUCCCCUCUUAUACUCCAUCAGGGCAAAAUCUUCAAUACACGAUUUCUCCUAUAGUGGAAGGCCCUCUCUCUAUACAAAUUACAAGAAAUUUAGACAAAAAGGUUGUCUUUAACUUAAAAACACUGCAUAUACAUUAAAAUGGCAUGGCGAGCCAACCCAUCCUAUUAUGUGUUGCAAUAAUUGCUUAUUGGGCUCAAUCAAACUAACACAUAAUAGCACCUUUAGUUUGGGUAAUCCAUGAAUCUUGUGGAAGAGAGGUUGGCUUCGAUAAUAUGCAUCCGGCCAGAUUUGAGUUUGUUCGGUAAAGCGCGGUGUCUGGGUCCCGACGGCGUGCUCACAUCCAGGCCAGGUUUUAGCUCGAAGAAAGAUGGAACUCGGAGUUGGAAAUAGAAAACUAGCAAAAUCAUUGGGCAAACUGUGCAAUUUCCUAAGCUAUAUCGGAGUAGUGCUUUUUGCUAAAGUUUCACCUUGGCUCCCAUCCCUGUCAGAAAACUCGAUUUUUUAUUUUCUGGAAAGGCACUGGGGCCCAUCCUGCUGCGCUCCAGCUAGUGUGCGGGCCCAUUUCUGAGAAGUAUAGCUAUAGUCAGACGGCAGGUAGUUGCGAAUCAAUGCAGAGAUAAAUGCAAUUUGAGAUAUCACAGGGAGCUUUUCAAUAAUCUUAUCUAAGAACUAAGACUUAAACCCAGCUCAGCCAUUCUUCUAUAAUAAUCAAGAUAUAGGAUUUUCUAAUUAUGUAGGAUAUCCUAUAAGUGUUAUAGGGCUCGGCGAAAGAGUUUCAACUUUUGUGCUGGCUCAAGGAACUUAUACUCUAUAUUCACGUGACAGAGGUUCACCUAUCGAUACCGGAAGUACGCCGGACUCAAAUAUGUAUAGUUCUCAGCCAUUUUACCUUGCAAUUGACGAUGACCUCGCUGCUCAUGGAGCUUUAUUGCUGAACUCCAAUGCGAUGUCAGCAACAGUUGGGGAAAAUUAUGUUGAGUUUAGAACUACUGGAGGAAUUAUUGAUUUCUAUGUAUUCGUUGGCCCAGAGCCAGAAGCCGUGAUAAAUCAGUAUCAUGACCUCAUUGGCUAUCCCGUUUUAACUCCUUGGUGGGGCUUAGGAUGGCACCAAUGCCGAUACGGAUUCCAAAACAUUUCGGUUGUUGAAGAAGUUACCAAUGAUUACACUUACUAUGACAUUCCUCUAGAUGUCAUGGAACAGAAGCAAAAUGGUGACGUUGACAUGAGGUGCACUCCCAAUGGAGCAGGUCAGACCCUUCCUGAUGAAGCUGAAAAUAGAGCCUUUGUCUAGACCUUCAGGUUUGGGGAAACCUUACCGAGAGGUAAGUAAGUUUUGUUUCUCCUCCAAGGUUUCCUGUCCCUCCCAGAUGGGCUAGACAGGCUUUUAUCUCUCACGCAGUUUUCUUCUAUUCGGACUAUUGGGUAACCCUGCAGAGGCUCUAACCUAUGGAGCUGAUCCUUAGGUUAGGCAAGUUUCGCCAGAAAAUUCAAGAGGGUGGAAUUUUGGUUGGGCCUUACACCAUUUGCAUUAAGGAGUAUAUGUACCCAGAAUAGGCUACCUUUCCUGGAGUCAAGGUAGUCCUCUUGUAUGUUUCAGCUUAUGUCUAUAUAAAAGUUUUAACUUUAACAUUAGAUGUCAUGUGGAUUGAUAUCGACUAUAUGAACGAAUUCCAAGAUUUCACAUUAAAUCCUGUAACCUACCCUCAAGCAAACUUCACAAAAUGGAUAAACCAGCUCCACUCAUCGAACAAGCAUUUUGUUCCUAUUACAGACGCAGGAAUUGGUGUAAAUCCAUCAUAUCAAGCCUAUUUGGAUGGAUUGAAGCAAAAUGUUUAUAUUCAAAGCGCUUACGUUUCUGGGCCCACUCAAGGUGUAGUUUGGCCAGGAACUUCAGUAUUUGUUGACUUUUUCCACCCAAAUUCUACCAAUUUUUGGUUUAACCAGAUCCUGAAAUUUGAAAAAUUGACCUCUUUUUCAGGAAUUUGGAUUGAUAUGAACGAAGCCAGUAAUUUUAUUAACGGAGAAGUUGGGCAUUCCCCCUCAAUUAUUACCAACCUAACUAUGCCUUAUACUCCAGGGGAAGAUGUCAAUAUGAGAUCAUUAGAUGUAGCUUCUAAGCACUAUGGAGGUUUACUUGAAUAUGAUGUCCACAGCUUAUUCGGGUUUACAGAAACAAUAGCCACUUAUAGAUAUUUUGAAGUCUAUAAUCUGAGGCCUUUUAUUAUCACUAGAAGCAGCUUUGUAGGAACUGGAAGAUAUGCAGGCAAAUGGUCAGGGGACAAUAAAUCAUUAUGGCCAUUCUUGGAAUACUCUAUUACUGGGAUUUAUAAUUUUGGUAUGUUUGGUAUACCGUUUUCUGGAGCAGAUAUUUGUGGAUUUCAGCUUAAUACGACUGAAGAAAUGUGCGCGAGAUGGACUCAGCUUGGAACUUUGUACCCAUUUUCGAGGAAUCACAACGGGAUUGAUAGUAUUGACCAAUAUCCGUGGUCAUUUGGUUCAGAUCUAUUAGAAACUUCAAAGUUGGCGAUCAGGAAUAAAUAUUGGCUGAUGCUUUAUUUUUCUACUGAAAUGUUCAAAGUAAGCCAAAAUGGAGGAAUUUUCUUUAAACCAGCAUUUUUUGAGUAUCCUGAUGAUGCUAACUUAUUAAAUAAUAGCUCAGAGCAUUUCAUGCUUGGAAAAGGACUUAUUGUGCAUCCUUGCUUAUGGGAAGGAAUUGAUGGUAGAGUUUCAUAUUUCCCAGACGAUAUUUGGUAUAAUCUUUAUAAUGGGAAUAAAACUAUAUUAGAUGCGCAAAAUUCGGUGUAUCUAGAUAUGACACUUCCAGGAGAUAUUCCUAUUCAUGUCAGAGGUGGGCAUAUAAUUCCUACUUUGGACACUUCUAAGACUGUUCUUGAUGUCGAAACACUUAGAAAAUCUCCUAUUACUCUUAUUGUUGCUCUAGAUCAAAAUGGAAAAGCUCAAGGAGAUGUUGUUUUCGAUGAUGGUGUUUCAUUGGACACAUUAAGUAGAGGCCAUUACACUCAAAUUCACUAUAAUUACUGGAACAAAAACGCAACGACAACAGUUUUAACUAUUCAAACAGUUCAUAGGGGAUAUAAGAUGAUUCAAGGGGAAUUUCCAUAUAUUUCGAGUAUUGUAAUAUAUGGCAUCAAUAGAAAACCUCAGAGUGUCAUAUUUUAUAGCGGAGGGACUUACACUCCAUUAUCUGCAUCUAUAAGUCUAGAUGUUGGAGACUCAGUUUGCACUAUCUGGUUUUCUUCCCAAAUAUCUCCAGACCGUUAUGAUGGCUUUAUCUUUAAUUUCGGUUCUCAAUAA